AUUUAUAUUUUCUACUGCAGGGUGACCCAGGUCCUGAUGGUGAUGAAGGCCCGUCUGGUUUCACAGGUGAUAUUGGCUAUAUAGGACUACCUGGAAUCAAAGGAGAAGAAGGAAUACCAGGAGUUAAGGGAGUACCUGGACUGACAGGGCCUCGGGGAGAACAAGGAGAAAUUGGAGAGACUGGCAGUGUUGGAAAAUCAGGAAGUGAUGGAGUUAGGGGAACUCCUGGCGAAAAGGGAUCAAGAGGUCCACCAGGAAGGGAUGGACCUCAGGGACCCAAGGGGCAAAAGGGUAACGGUGGCACCUCAGGAUUUACAGGAAGCAGAGGGGAUCCUGGAUACACGGGUUACCUCGGAAUUCCAGGAGGUCACGGAGAGAAAGGAUUAAAGGGCACAAAAGGAUUAUCUGGAGUUGCAGGAAUGCCGGGUAUCCAUGGAAAGGAUGGAAAGAUUGGUGUUCCAGGAAGAGAAGGAGAAAUGGGAAUAAUUGGACUAAAGGGAGAUAAAGGAGAUCAAGGUCCACAGGGUCCACCAGGGGUUGAGGGCAUGAUGGGACCCAAGGGUGCCAAAGGUGACCCAGGAACACCAGGAGACUCAGGUCCUCAGGGUCUUAUAGGACCAAAGGGCUCAAAGGGAGAGACAGGAGAUGAUGGAGUACAGGGAGACAAGGGAAAACGCGGAUCCAAAGGAAACCUUGGGAUCACGGGUGACACUGGUGACACCGGAGACAAAGGAUCAAAAGGGAAACGUGGCUCUAUAGGUCCCCUAGGCCAGCAAGGCAGAAUUGGUGUCCCUGGUUCACCAGGUCCAAGAGGUUAUCCUGGUCCGUUGGGAGAUAAUGGAGAGAGAGGGCCUCCUGGAUCUCCUGGACUUCCUGGACUCCAGGGCCCAGACAUGCCUGAUCAACUUGUGUAUGAGCUGUGCCGUAAAGUUGUUAUAGAGCAAAUGUCCCAAUAUGCAGCUGGCAUUAGAGGGAAGUGUUCUAGUGCCUGUCCGACGGCCAAUAUUUCAUUGAUUGGACCACCGGGACCUCCAGGUGUUACAGGAAAACUUGGGAAAAAGGGAAAACCCGGUACUGCUGGAUCAAAUGGAAAACGGGGACCCAGAGGACCAGUUGGCCUUCCUGGAACAAAAGGACUUGUGGGAGAACAAGGUAACAAGGGUGAAAAAGGAGAAAGGGGUGAAGCAGGUAUCGGACGUCCAGGACCAGAUGGAAUUCAAGGUCCUAGAGGAUAUACGGGAUACCCAGGAGUUGCCAAGGAUGGAAUGCCUGGCCCACGGGGCCCACUUGGUUACAAUGGUCCAACUGGUCAGCAGGGGCUUGCAGGUCCACCAGGCGUCCCAGGAUUUUGUGAAGCCAGAGACUGCAGUAUUAAUGCACCCACACUGCUGAAUGAACAAGGUAUAACGAAUGGAAGACUAUACUGAGGGACAAAAAGCAGAAUCUGGAAAACAACAAGAUGGUAGAAGUCUGUGGAGUUGUGAUAAAUGCCAUCCCAAGCUCAGUUACCGUUAAGAAGAAGGAGGCCUGACACCUAUAGAUCCAAACUAAACUAUCAUGAAAUGCAGAUCUUCACCCAUUAUUUUGUUGUCAAGGACACCUCAUCUUAGAAAUAUGUAAUCUAGUUUGUUCUGACUUUAAAUGCCUUUAAAAAGUUACAUUUGAUAUGCAUUCGAUACACAGCAGCCAUUACUGUUGGUGAAUCGCCAAAACAAUUACCUCUAAUUCCUUUCCUGCAACCUUUUAUAUCACCUAGAAGACGUGGUACCUAGAAUGAUGACAGACAUCAAUGGACAAGCAAUAAGUGAUAUGUGGCCAACUGUUUUGUACCAAUUGUUGCAGUUAUGGGGAUGAAAUAUCUAUUAUUAUUUUUAUUUUUUUUCAAAGACCCUUAGUCUCUAAACAAGAAGAAAGACCAGGUAUGCUGAUUGAAAUGAGAACGAAAAUAAAUAGCUCAAAGAAAAAUAAACGAUUCAAAGUGCUGUUAUUUGAUAAUAAAAUAACUCAAAAUGU